UCUUCACAGCAUGCAAACCUGCUCAGCCCUGGCCUUGCUGCUCCUGGCUGCCAGCACCCUGCCUGCCCGGGGCUCGCCCCCCGAGCCCAGCUGCCUCCACUUCUCGGAGCUCCUGCCUGCAAAGCUCAAAGAGCUGAGGAUGAAGUUUGAGGAAAUCAAGGAUUAUUUUCAAUCCAAAGAUGAUGAACUUAGCAUCCAGCUGCUCAACUCCGAACUGCUUGAUGAAUUUAAGGGGAACUUCGGCUGCCAGUCGGUGUCGGAGAUGAUGCGGUUCUACAUGGAGGAGGUCCUGCCCAGCGCCAUGAGGACCAGCACGCACCACCAGCAGAGCAUGGGCGACCUGGGCAACCUGCUGCUGAGCCUGAAGGCAACGAUGAAGCGCUGUCACAGAUUCUUCACGUGCGAGAAGAGGAGCAAAACCAUAAAGCACAUCAAGGAGACGUUCGAUAAGAUGAACGAGAACGGAAUCUAUAAGGCCAUGGGAGAGUUUGACAUUUUCAUCAACUACAUCGAAGAGUACUUGCUGAUGAAGAGAAAGAAGUGAGCGCGCCCAGGGGCUGCAUCUUUCACACAAAAUCCUGCUAUUUUUUCCAAAAUCACUUUAGGCUGCAUGAGCACACGAGGGAUUAAGUUAUCUUAGGGGGCAAAUCAAGAAUUACAGGCCAAUAACUUCAAGUUCAGGAUCAUAUUUAAGUGGUGGGG